CGCUUGUCAUGUGACCCACACUCAGCCAUCUUGUGGAAAACAGAGAGAGAGGCACACAUACACACAUAACUCGCAUUAACUCCAAACCUUGUGCUGUCACAGCAAGCAGAGAACUUCAGUAAGAAAAUGGCCGAAACCCAGACACUUAACUUUGGACCAGAAUGGCUCCGUGCCCUGUCUGGAGGUGGUGGUAGUGGAAGCAGCAGUAUUCUUGCCUCACCACCUCUCUCACCUGCAUUGCCAAAGUAUAAACUUGCAGACUAUCGCUACGGGAGAGAAGAAAUGUUAGCACUUUAUGUAAAGGAUAAUAAGAUCCCUAUAGAUCUUCAUGAUAAGGAGUUCCUACCUAUAUUGCAAGAGGAGCCCUUACCACCUCUGGCACUUGUGUCUUUUACAGAGGAGGAACAGAGAAAUUUUUCCAUGUCUGUAAACAGUGCAGCUGUGCUUCGGCUGACAGGGCGAGGUGUGGGUCCGAUAGUAGGAGUACCAAGAGGGCGAAGUACCUCAAGGGGUAGAGGCCGGGGAAGAGGGGAUGGAGGGUUUUACCAAAGAAGUUUUGACGACGUGGAAGGUUUUGGCCGUGGAGUGAGGGAGAUGCAUCGUUCCCAGAGUUGGGAAGAAAGGGGAGACAGAAGGUUUGAGAAGCCAGGUCGAAAAGACACAGAUGCUGCUGCGGGACACUUUCUGAUGAAUCACAUCCGAGGCAACUAUGAGGAUGGUGGAACAAGCUUGUCGAAAAAGCAUGACUUCACGCGUUCAGAGAGUGAGAACUGGCGUACUACUCGUGAUGAUCAGAAUGGUGAGGAUGAUGAUGGGGGCUGGCGCCUGGCGGGGUCUCGACGGGACAAUGAUCGGUGGUGCCCUCCGAGCCCAGAUGGCCCUCGGGCAGCAGGGUGGCGGGAACACCCAGACCAGCGUCGCCGUUUCCCAUUUGACGCAAGGGAAGAUGAACGUGGUUACCGGAGGCCACGGUCAGGCAGCGGCAGCCUAGAGGAUGAAAGGGACACACUGCCAGAAUGGUGUCUGGAGGACGCAGAUGAAGAGGCGGGCACCUUUGACUCAUCUGGGGCCUUUCUCUCACUCAAGAAAGCCUCCAAGGAGCCCAUCAUGGAGGAAGCUGAGCUUGACUUCAAACCUUUAGAAGAAUGCGAAGAGGGCCAGGAGGAGGAAGAUCAUCCCAGAGAGACUAAAGAGACUGAACCGGAACCUCAAAGAGAGAGCGAUCGAAAAGAAUUGACCAGAGUUUUGGAGGAGGCUUCAGGUGCUGCUCCACCAGUUGCACCUGCAGUUUUAGAGCCACAGGCUUCUGCGCCGUCGUUGCCCCCCAGCCUACCCAACAGAACGGAAGAGUCUGUGCGGCCGGCUGAACGGAUUGACAGGCGGCCUCCCCCUGAACUCCAGCCAGAACCCAGCAAACCCCCUCUGCACGUCCCCAUGUCUAAUAUCAUGUUGGAGUCUCUACCCAUCACCCACAUUUCUACCCCUCAUACGGAAGUAUCUGCUCCAUCAUCCACCAGCCAGCUUCCACAGAAAAAGCAUACAGACGUUCCUGUAGCAACUAACACCUCUUUGUCAUUCACCGCACCUAUAAUGGCCGCUAUUGGUCGGCCUACUCCUGUGCAACAUGACACAGAUGAAGACGAGGGGCUGAAACACUUUGAGCAGGAAGCAGAAAAAAUGGUAGCAUACCUUCAAGAUGGUGCAGUGGAUGAUGACAGAGUGUCAUCGAAGAGCUCUGAGAAAGCCAAACCUGCAGGCUUGCCUCUCACGCACGAGGCUGCUCUGAAGUGGUUCUAUAAAGACCCCCAGGGGGAGAUACAGGGUCCAUUCAGUAACCAGGAGAUGAAUGAGUGGUUCCAGGCUGGUUAUUUCACAAUGUCUCUCUUAGUGAAAAGAGGAUGUGAUGAGGUCUUUCAGCCUCUGGGAGAAAUCAUGAAGAUAUGGGGCAGGGUGCCUUUCACUCAGGGCCCUGCACCUCCACCUCUACAAGGAGAUGGGGAUCAGGAGAGGUUGAAGAGACAGCAGGAGCUCACCGCUCUCAACCUUUAUCAGUUACAGCAGCUCCAAUAUCAAUACCUCCUCAGACAGCAGUAUGCACAGGCUCUGGCCCAGCAGAAGGCUGCAGCCCUCAGCUCGGCUCCUCUUCAGCAGCAGCAGCAACAUCAACAGCAGAUCAACCUGAUCUUACAGCAAUACCAGACGCUCAAGAUGAGAGUGUCUGAGAGCCUCCUACCUCCUGUUACCCGGUCCCUGUCUGUACCAGACUCUGGUUCUGUGUGGGAAAAACAGAACUCAUCUUCUCAGGCGUCUUGCACACCAAACCUCCAACAAGCUGCUCCAAGCACAUGGGACGGCAGCAGUGUGUGGGAUUUACCAAUAGACUCAGUGGCGCAGGCUCCAACUAUCGAGCAGAUGCAGCAGUUAGAGAAGUCAAAGUCUGCAAAGUUAGAGCUGGAGAGGCGUGAGGCAGAAAUGAGAGCUAAGAGGGAAGAAGAGGAGAGGAAACGACUGGAGGAGGCCCUGCGGGCUCACCAGGAGGAAGAGCGAAAACGUUUGGAGGAAGAGGAACUUGCUCGACAGAAACAGGAGGAAGCGUUGAGGCGAGAGCAAGAAGAGGCGCAGCGCAGGAAGCAGGAAGAAGAGGAGAGGCUGGCCCAGGAGGAAGCUCUUCGCAGACUAGAGGAGAGGCGAAGGGAAGAGGAAGAGCGGAAAAAACGGGAAGAAUUCCACCGCAAACAAGAAGAGGAGCGCAGGAAGCAGGAGGAACUAGAAGCAUUAAGGAGGCGUGAGGAGGAGAAGCGGGCAGAGGAAGAGAAGCGGGCAGAGGAAGAGGCUGCAGCUGCUGCCGCCGCUGCUGCUUUGGCUCAGCAACAACUGGAGGAGCAGAAAAGAAGGGAGCAGGAGGCCCAGAGGCAGCAGGAGCUUCAGAGACAGAGACAGCAGCAACAGGAGGCUCUUAGACGAAUUCAGCAACAGCAGCUGCAGCAACAGCAGCUUGCACAGAUGAAGCUUCCAUCUUCAUCAAAGUGGGGCCAGCAGUCAGCCAACAUUCUGAACCAGACACACAACGCCCUGUCACUUGCAGAAAUCCAGAAACUAGAAGAGGAGCAAGAACAGCAGGCACGGGAGGAGCAGCGACGUCAGCAGCAAGAGCUUCUGAAGCUUCAGCAGCAGCAGGCUUUGCAUCAGGUGCCGCAGCCGCAGGCUAAGUUGUCUGGUUGGGGCAACAUGGCCAAGCAGCAAGUGGUUACCAAGUCACUGUUGGAGAUCCAGAGAGAGGAAGCGCAGCAGAUGAAACAGCAGAAGGAGCAGCAUCAACACCCCAUUGUUGCACCGCAGACUCGCACACAACCAGAGUGUAUGUCUGACAAGCAGAGUUUGGCCUUAUUAAAUGCUUUAAUUUGGGGGGCCGGUAACUCGAGCACCUGUUCCUCUUGGAUGUCAGAUUCCAGUAGUAUCUGGGACACCCACAACUCAAACAUGGGCUUUUGGGAUGAAGCUGUGAAGGAUGCAGCCCAGCAACCUCUCCAGGCCAAAAAGAGCAGUGCACAGAAGAACAAUAAGGGCAACGCCAACCUCAGUAACAGUUUGAGUGGACGAGUCAACAAGAAGGUAGAAGAGGAGGAGAAGCUACUCAAGCUGUUCCAAGGAAUUGGUAAAAGUCAGCAGGACACGUUUAUGCAGUGGUGUGAGCAAACCCUGCACACCCUCAACACAGCCAACAAUCUGGAUGUUCCAACAUUUGCAUCUUUCCUGAAGGAGGUGGACUCUCCCUAUGAGGUGCACGACUAUGUCAGGGCCUAUCUGGGGGACACUCCCGAGGCCAAGGACUUUGCCAAGCAGUUUCUCGAACGUCGUGCCAAACAGAACACUAACCAACAGAAACAGGCACCGCAGAUCCAACACCAAGCCCUCAAACUGCAGCAGGAUUCUGUAUGGGGAGGAACAGGAACAUCAUCUCUCUACCAGACCAACCACACGAGCGGCCAGCAGCGCUUUGAGACCGUCACCUCAGGGAAGAAGAAGAAAAAGCAGAAGAUGGUUCGCGCAGACCCCAGCCUGCUAGGUUUUUCUGUUAAUGCAUCAUCUGAGAGACUGAAUAUGGGUGAGAUUGAGACUUUGGAGGACUUUUAAGGGACUGCAGUCAAGCAAACUCCACUGACUGUAUCCAGUUUGAACAGCAGCCGUUUUACCCAAACUCCAGUCCCAGUCCCCUCACUGCUUCCAUUCUCACCUUUCACUUUUUUGUUCCUUCCAGUUUGUUUUCUCGAUCAUUCUCUUGCAACCCCCCGUUCCACAAUCAACUUGGAGUUGU